AAGUGGAAACUUACUAUUUGUCAGUUUACAAGAAACUGGACAGUGGCUUAUUUCAGGAAGAUGGAAGUCAUCAAUGUCAUCGCCUUGCCAGUGGUGCCAGUGGGUGAGCACCUGGCUUUCUCACGUGUUGCAAGUGCCACGAGGAAGAAUGUGCAAGACAGUCCACCCUCGUGCCUCAUUGGCUCCAUCGAACAGGUGAACCAAAAGAUUGCUGAAAUAGACCUGAGGCCCAACCUGCUGGACAGCAGCCUGGCAGUGGAGAGAUUUGAGUUGGAGAAGAAGGCUUUAAGCGAGAAAAGUCAUGGCAGCUCAGGAAACAGAGACAAAAGUAAAAGAAAAUUGCCACAUAUUUGCAGUGGCGUAGAAUCCAGGAAUGUCAAAUCUAUCAUUAAGAGGAAAACGGCAGAUAAAAACCUGCUGGCGGAGCUGUACCGGUACUCACAGUUUAACACUGCCAGGCCGCAUAAGCUUCCCAACGGGGUGGACUUCUGUGACAUGGUCGCCAAUGUGAUCCAGUCUGAGAGAAGCCCCCUUAGUGGCAAGUCUUUCUGUUCAACUAGAGAAUUAGAGAAGUUUCUCUCUUCUCCUACUAUGAAAGCCAUGUGGCUGGAUAGCUUCUGGUGGUUCUUUCAUGAAAGGUACCAGCCAAACAAAGAGCUCCAGAAUAAGCUGUUCGACCGGAUAUCCCAAUGCUACGCCUUUCUUUUGUUUCGUGAAUCCAGGUCCCGCUUUGAAGAGGCUAUCUUAAAAAGGUUGCCAUCACUUCUGAGCAAAGCCCUGUACACUAGCUUCUGCUGCUGCUUCCCACAGUCCUGGUUCAACACACAUGAGUUCAAGUCUGAGAUCUGUAACACCAUGAGCCUGUGGAUUUCAGGUAUAUAUCCUUGCCCACAGAGCUAUGAAAGUUGGGACUACUCAAAACUGGAUCCAGAGAGAUUCUUGAGAGAAGAAUUAAUGAUGCAAAGAAAAAAACUGAUAAAGGGAAAAGAGAUGUCCUUCCUCUCCUCUAAAACAUACUCUUCCCAGAAAUCUGUCCAGAACAAGCAAGUCCCCUUUCCUCAGGCAACUAGUGGAAAUUCAAACAGCGAAAGAGACACUUUAUCCAAGGAUCCGGAGGAUACCUCACAAAUGCAGAAUACCGCGAAAGAUAAUUAUUGUCAGAUUCUGUUCUGGAGGAAAGCUACACCACAAGUCAAGAAGAUAACAGAAGCAAGAGAAUAUGAGAAUAUGUAUACUAAGAAGUCUCACCCUGCCUGCAAAAGCCCUGGGCUGACUUCAAACCUUUUCAACAUUUAUGGGAAGAGCCCUCUGAUUGUAUACUUCCUCCUGAACUACUUCAUUCUGCAUCAGUCUGGCAAAGAUGUGCUGAUAGUAAGGAGGGAAAGAAGCAAGAUCGUCCCUGAGUCCAGCCUGACCUACUCUGAUGUCAUCAGCCUGACCCUGUGCAACAUGAAGAGGCGAGGGGACAUCCUCCGGCAGCUGAGCCAUCUCCACUGGAGCGAGUGGACUUACUUCGAUGAUUACAUAAAGGAGCUACACGAUGGCUUCCUCAGGGAGGUGAAGAAUAUAGACCAAAAAGAAGCAGAUAAAAAAAAGGCAAACCACACAUUCAUUCAUCCUUCAGCCUUCAUGGAGGAAUCCCUGGAAAAGAAAUCUAAAGGAAGCCUGAAGAAGGAGACCACAUUUCUUUUAAGGAAGGAAAAGGGGGAGGAAGAAAAACUGGACUUGAGCUGCUGUCGCUUCUCACUUUCAAGGCCUGAUGAAAUCUGUUCCCUGGAACUAGAAGGUUCCAACAGAGCAUCUGAUAUGUUUGAUAUCGGAGAGGUCACCAGGAAAUCGACACUAACACAGGAGAAAAAGGCAUCUUUGACUAGCUCCUCACUUUCCAGCUCCUCUGGAGAAGUUCAAGAAUUGGGAGAAUUUUCAGAAUGA